AUGAAACGCAGCGAGUGGCGCGUGAGGGCGCAUUCGGAAGGAAGCACGCCAGCCGCGGACGGAGCACCCGGAAAUUCCGGAGCGGGGAAGGCGCUCUCAUGGCAGGAUGAGGAGGUGUACCAAAUGUUCUGGAAGCACGGGCAGCACAUGAUUGGCCUGCUGCACGGCUUUCUGGGCACGAUUGACCUGAAGGUCAACCGCCACAGAGUCGUGCAGGCCACCAAGCCAUUCGACGAAUACCCCCCCAACAUCCACCGCGCUCUCGAGAGCCUGAAGGAGCACCGCCUGCGCCAGCCGCCCAAGCCGUUCCAGGCGGGCGGCAACGAUGCUCCCCGCACGCUGAAGAGGAGGUUGCAGGGGCGGUGGCCGCGGCGGUUCAAGGAGAUCUGCUUUUUUCUGAGUGCGGCGGGGGUGCCGUGCCCCCCUGACUGGCAGCGGCAGGUGGAAGCAGCUACUACCGCUGCUCUGGCCGCUGCUGGCCCCCGCCGUCGCAGGGCUGCUAGGUAUGCUGUUGCCGCUGCUGGUGCUGCUGCCGCUGUUCGGUCUCCUGGUCAACCUCUCCGUGGCAGGAAACGGAAGGCAGAGGGUGCAGUGGAGGGUGUGAGGGAGGGUGCGAGGAGGGGCAGGGGAAGGGGGGGUGGGGAAGGAAGGCAGGAGGAGCGGGAACCACUUGGUGAUGGCUUGGCUGAUGACAGAAGGGUUGAUGACAGCGCUGGCAAUGGUGAGAAUGGUGAGGGUGAUGAUGAUGUUGGAGAGGUGGUUGAUGGGGAUGCUUCAGGCAAGGGCUUGAAGAGCUCUGCGGCGUCUCAGAGGGUGGCUGGUGGCAAUGUGUUGCGAAAGGGUUUGAAGAGCUCCACCCACCGCGGCAAGCUGGCGGCGGCAGCUGAUAAGCCUGAGGGCAUGGCAGGGGUUGUGAGAGAGGCUGGUGUUUCGUCCGGUGUUUCUCCUGGUCGUGAGAACAGGGUGGCUGGGAAGGGCAGUCACAGAAGCGAUCAUCGCAGGGAGAAAAAGGCUGCUGACGGGGAGGGGGGGGGAAAGGCCGCUGGGGGCGGGAAGGCCGCUGGUGGCGAUGGGGAGAGGAAAGCCGCUGGGGGCGGGAAGGCCGCUGGUGGCGAUGAGAAGAGGAAGAAGGGGCCUGGUGCGUGGGACUUCUGCAGCACGAAAGCAGGGAGGAGGAGCCGAGCGACUAUGCGCUGCCUGGAACAGGCGACCAGGGAGCGGCUGUGUGAGAUAGGGAAGCAGGCCGAGGAGGCGGAUAGGCGUGUGGUGGAGGCAAAGAGGGCGUUGGUGGAUAAGUACUUGGGUGUUUUGAAGGAGAAGCUUGAACAGGGGGUGGAGGAGGAGAAAAAAAUGCUUGCUGAGGUGGCUGAGAGGGAAGAGGCUAAGCUGGCACGCAUGGCUGGCUUGCUGUGA